GUCUCCCAGCAGGGAAAUCAAAAAACCAUAUAUGCCUGGCGCUAUCAACGAUCAAUGAAUAAUAAUUCAAUUUCUCAUUAUCAUAUCUGAUAUAGUUUCUUAUGGGAAAUGAUAGGUAAAAGGAGAUAGAAUGGAUGUUGGUUUGAACCAGGAGGCUUUGAACUCUCCCCACAGCUCUCUGUUCAGAUUAGGAUCAUUACUGAACGAACUGGAAAGCGCUCAUGGUUGUAUAGAAGAGCGAAUCAGACAGCUCGAAGCAGUAACUUCUAGGGCUAUGCAGCGACGUAUAUGGAGACAGCAUAAUACUACCCAUCAAACGUUGAAUAAUCCUAUGGAAUCACCAACUGAAGUUCGAAGUGAUGAUGCGUUGAUUUCUAAUGGCGUUGAUGUUACAGUCCGUCAUAAUGAUGAUAUACUACGUUCUAGUGGAGUUGGUGUCGCAGACCAAGAGAUAACAUUAGGAGCAGGAAAACUUGUGAAAAGGAAUAAUACUCAUUUGAUAGCCAAGGCACUGGGAACAGAUACAGAUGUGCAGAACAUUAAAGGAGAUAAAAGAAGAUUUUUUGAUUGUAAUAUAUGCUUAAAUAAUGCAAGAGAACCUAUACUGACCCAGUGUGGUCAUCUGUUUUGUUGGUCAUGCUUCCAUCACUUGUCAUAUGUUCAUUUGAACGUGAAGGAGUGUCCGGCGUGCAUGGGAGAGGUUACAGAUGCGAGCGUUAUUCCCAUUUAUGGAAAUGGCAACAAUACUAAAUCCGAGAAGUCCAAGUUGAUAGAUUCUGUCUCGAAGGUACCUCCUAGGCCCGGUGCACAAAGGGUUGAAAGUCUGAGGCAGAAAGUCAUCAAUCGCAGACCAAGCUCCUCUGUGAUUGAUUGGAACGUAAGGGUAUAUAAUAGGAUAGUCGAAAUGGAGGAGAGAUCUCGGUCAGAGGAGAAUGGUGAAAGAUGGGUCAAUCAAUCCUUUACUUCCCAGGCACAGAACAACCAGCAUCAUGAUUCUUCUCAAGUUUCAAGGCGAUUGUCACAGGGAUCUGCAUCGUUCUCUUUUCUUUCAUCUGCAAUGAACUCUGCAGUGGAUUCAGUAGAAAGACUAGUUGAUAACCUGGAGGAUUCUAUUCAUCGUUUCGGUAUGAGAACAAACUAUCAGCGACGAUCCGGUGAUAUUGGUGGAAACUCUUUUUCUGGUAUCACUGCUGCUGCAGUACAAACUAACCAAAUUCUAGAUAAUAAUGAAGCUGAUAUGGAUUUAAUAUUGGGUCAUCAUCCUUCAUCGUCUUUUAGUAGCAAUGCUGUUCUCCCAUCAGAAAACCAGAAUGUUGGAGAAAGCAGUUCAGUUACACCCAUCUCAUCAUCUUCUACUAGGAGAAGAGCUGAACGUUCAAGAAAUAUAGAAUUGGAAAAUAGAUUAGAAAGCAAUUCGAUGGCGGCUCAUUCCUCCUCAACUUCCAGGAGGAGAAGUGAACUUCCUGGAGUUUCAGACGCUGAUAACAGAUCAAUCCGUGAAUCCAGAAGGAGAAGGUUAAUGUGACAUGAUCCCAGGCAGGAAUACUCAAUUGAUAGCAUGGUCCUUGGCAAAAAACUGAAAUCUACUUGCUCGAUUCUGUAAUUUUGAUGUUUUUUCCCCUCAUUUGAUGUUUAAACAUUGCUAAACUCAGCUUACGACAAGCCAAUACAUUUUAGCGGGCAGAUUGAUUUAGAAGAGUUGACUGUGUAUAGUUGUGGAAGCACCCUGACGAAGCUGUUCAUCUUUGUGAAAGAUUAUAUAUAUGUCGAUGAUGCGUAGUGUUCAGAGCUACCAUUUGUCUGGUGAGCAUGAAAACGUUAAUUCUCUAUAUCCUUACUUGUUUGUAACAUAGUUUGUGCAUAUACUCUUUGCUUA